AUGCCUCCAUCCACAGCCACAAUCCUCACAACCCUCACCCGCCGUCCAACAGGCACAAUCGCCCACCUAACAAUCUCCCGACCCACCAAACUAAACGCCCUCAACACCCCCCUCCUCUCUCAACUCCCUACAACCCUCCAAUCCCUCACCUCCCAAACCCCAGAUCUCCUGUGCGUGAUACUAACCGGCGCCGGAAACAAGUCCUUCAUCGGCGGCGCGGACAUCGCCGAAAUGGCCGCGCUGGACUCGCCGGCUUCGGCGCGGGCGUUUAUAUCCAGGGUUUCGGAGGCUUGUAGGAGUUUGCGGGAGUGUCCGGUCCCUGUGAUUGGGAGGGUGAAUGGGUAUGCGCUCGGUGCGGGAUUGGAAGUGGCUGCGUCUUGUGAUUUUCGGGUUGCGAGUAGGAGGGCGGUUUUUGGGAUGCCGGAGGUCCGAGUUGGUAUCCCCAGCGUUGUUGAAGCUGCUCUUCUGCCUGGAUUGAUUGGAUGGGGCCGGACUAGGCAGCUUCUCAUGUUGGGCGAGAAUAUUAGUGCCGAUGAGGCGUUGAGAUGGGGUCUGGUCGAGAAAGUCGUUGAGCCCGAGGCGUUGGAUGAUGCUGUGGAACAGUGGGUGUGUCAGUUAGAGAAGAAUGGGCCCUUGGCUGUGCGGAGGCAGAAGGCUCUUAUGCGGACGUGGGAGAAUGUUUCUUUGGAUGAAGCGAUUCAGGCUGGGGUGACGGCGUUUGGGGAGUCUUUUGGGACGAGAGAGGGCGAGGUUUCGGAGCCGAUGAGGAUGCUUGGUGCGUUUUUUAAGGAUAAAUCGAAGAUUUGA